AUGUCUAAUGGGCCUUCGUCCUCAGGAUCCAGUAGGCCCCCUCCUCGUGGAAUACUAAAACGAAAUUACCCGGGCAGCCCAGCAAGCGGAGCAACCCCAAAACCUGAUCGCAGUCUUGCGACCGAUAGAUGCCAGCUCUGUCCAAGACCAUUCUUUCCGCAUAUUGAAUUACGACGCCGAGUGAUACAUCAUCCAUUAACCCAUCACUUUUGUGAGCUGCCAGUCCGUUGCUCGGCCUGCAAUGAACGUGGAGCAGGGGGUGGACCUAUUCGAGACCAUAUUCAACGGGCGCAUCAGGGCAGAGCGAAGAGCCAAACCUCACUGAAGUUGCGAUUGGAUGACUCUGAAACAAAAAGGAAAAAGUAUCAAGCUAGACUUACGGAAGCUGUGAAGGAAAGGAAUGAAGCAAAAGAGCAGCUCACAAAAGCUACAAAGGAGAAUGCCAGGCUGAAGGCAAAAACGGAGGAACAAGAGAAAUACAUUGACGAACAAGCUGAAAAAUUACGUCAAGCGAAAGGAGCGGGUAUCGUGAAGGAAGAACCUGGAAUAGUCGCGGUCCGGCCGGUUAUUAUUAAAGAAGAGCCGGUUGAAGACCCCAGGAUAGCGAAAUAUCAAGCUGAAAUUGCCACACUAAAGCAGGAUCGAUCUCACCUAAAUAAAAUCGUCUCCGACCAAGCGAUACAAAUCCAUAAAUUGGAAAAACUGGUGCCCGUCAUCCAAAUUGAUGAU